CCCGGGACUGGCAGGAUGGCUCCCGCAAAGAAGGAUGGAGAGAAGAAGAAGGGCCGUUCUGCCAUCAGCGAGGUAGUAACCAGAGACUACACCAUCAACAUUCACAAGCACAUCCACGGAGUGGGUUUGAAGAAGCAUGCCCCUCGGGCACUCAGAGAGAUCCGGAAAUUUGCUAUGAAGGAGACGGGAACCCCAGAUGUGCGCAUCGACACCAGGCUCAACAAAGCUGUCUGGGCCAAAGGAACAAGGAAUGUUCCAUACCGUAUCCAUGUGCGGUUGACCAGAAAACGUAACAAGGAUGAGGAUUCACCAAACAAGCUCUGUACGUUGGUGACCUAUGUACCUGUCACCACUUUCAAAAAUCUACAGACUUGUGGUCUGUGGAUCAGCAGCAUGGGCACCACCUGGGAACUUGUUAGAGACGCCGGGUCCCAGGACCCACCCCAGACCUCCUGGACCCGAAUCUACAUUUCGGCUGUCCUCUGCUCCUCCCACUUCCUCUACAAGUACCAGUGGGGGCCAAAGACUUCUAUUUUCACCCCAAAAGCAAUCCCCUGGCUUUGUCCCCCACACCCAAACAAGGGCGAGGACCCUUCCCUGGGUCCUGGCCCCUCACUCCAAGACCUCUUGACCUUCUGCACUGGCCCCUGA